AUGAUGAAGUCGAUUGUUACUCUCCUGCUAUUCUGUCAAUUGCUCAACAUCGGAAAAUGUCUGCAAGUGAACGGCACUCACAAUGAAAAUUCAGAGACAGCGCAGCAAUUCAGGUUGCGAAGGAGUCUUACGUUUCCCAAUUCGUCUCAGCUUUUGCUGAUCUUCGGUCUAGGCACACCGUUGCAGCUGGAUCGUGAGAGCGUAAUCGUAGGUGUAUUUACGAAAAUGAUAUACGAUAUGCCGGCUGAUGCUACGGAUUUCACGGAACCAGGAGUGUUUUAUGCGAGAACCAGUAGAAGUAGGUGGAGCUUCUACAAAUUGUUUGAAAAAAUGGCAGCCAUGUACGGCUUUGGUGGCAAAGAGUGUUUACUCAAGGCCAUUUGUGAAGCCGCUUUCGUCCCAUUUGACGUCCAUCACGGUUUACUGGGACAAUUGGUACAGACUUUCCUUAGGUAA